AUAGGCUAUUAAUUGCACAUGUACACCUUCGCCGUGCACUUCGCUGUUAGUGGAUGGGAUUACCGAUUCAAUUGGGUAUCACCAGGUCCGAGGUCUUUUCAAGCAUCUGGGGAAGUUGAAGAAUGUCUUUGUUCAACGGAUGAGGAAACAGGGUCGAAAGUUCCGGUUUGGUUUUGUAAGAUUUGCUUCUAGGAAGGAGGCUUUGGCUGCUAUUCGGUAUGUGGAUGGGUAUCGAAUUGGAGGUGGGUUUCUUUCUGUUGCGUUGGCUAGGCCUCCGAUUCAAAUGGGUAUUCAGAAGGCUAGUGUCAAAGAUUCGGCGACAAAGUUGGAUGAGCUUUGUUCACCGUCUCUGUUGGCAAGUGAUUCUAGUUUAGCUUUAAAGUCUUCGAAGGAGGUUUUGGUGGGGAAGGAUUCUGGGACCAGCGCCUCGCUCUUUUCGCCAAGAGAGGGAGAGAUGAUUUCUGGUUUGUGUAGGUUUUUUGACAGAGGUCCCUGGGUGCGUAAUGAAGAUUUGUUUCCUGAAAUUAAUUCUCUAAUUUGUCGGACUGGUUUUGGCUUGAUGUUGAUUGAUGGGGAGAGGAUACCCUCCGAGUUCCUGUUCCCGGAAGUCUUGUCUUUGGGUUCUGAUUUUUCUGCUGGCGUAGGGUUGCUUGGGUGUCCGGCUUCUGAGAGGUGCAUUUUGGAGGAUGCUUUGGGUGUUUGUCACACUGUUGGAGUUAGGGAGGAGGCUAUUGCUUCGCCUCAUGAGGUGCUUUCUUUACCUCGUGGUUGUGAAGUAAAAGCCUCUAGGCCUAGGGGUAUGCCUAGGUUAGUUGAGAAGAGUGGAAGGAAGAAGAAGGAUCCAGAUGGUCCCUCUAGAGGUUACGGCGUACCGGAAGGCUCAUCUUCUUUGGAGGCACAUGAAGGGAAUCAACGGAUGCUUUUGCCGGCGGAGUUUUCGGAGCCUCAUGGUGUUAUGACUAGAGCGAUGAGUGCCCUCUUGAUGGGGAAACGAUUGGGCAUGUCAUAUGAUUGUACGAAUGCGACUGCUCUGAACCAGAUUGCUGCUCAGAUUCAAGCGCGCAAACCUCCUUAGGGAUGGUGUUUGGUUGUGUUCACCUUGGUCUGAUGUGUGGGUUUUCUUGGGGUUGUUUCUUGAGAGGCUUCUUGGAAGUUAUUUUGGUCUUUUGGGUUUGAUUGCUAUGGGGUAUAAGGUCUAUUCUUUUCUUUUUAGGGCUGGAUGUAUAGUCUGUCUUGGGGGCUUGUCUGAGCAUAUUUCCAUGGUUGGUUUUUUUGGCUGUUGGAUCCUUUUUUGUUGGUUUGUAUCUUCUUGACUAUCAUAUCAUAUAUAUCAUUUUGCUUUCGAAAAAAUAAUAAUAAUAAAAGUCAGAUGUAUGUUAUGGAGACUGGAGAGUGUUGGUAAAAUUGCAUUUGCUCUUUUUACCAAUUUCUAUCAUUGAGUUUGUCAUUAUUUUGACUUUAUAGUGAGAUGUUUUUCCCAAUGUAACAUAAGACUUUUUGAGGCAUUAUGGACAAAAAAUGGGAGAUUAUACAACUCUUUACCAGGAUUAAUCUCAUGCUCCGGUUAGUUUUACUUUUCUUGUUAUGUUACACAAUUUAGUAAACAUCGGGUAUCAAUAUUUUUUCUUCAGGAUUUGAGACCGAGUCCUAGAAUGAGAUUCAAACGAGUUUGAUGGGCCCUGAAACAGUUUAAACUGUUCAAUUGACCUAAAAAGGUAAAAAGAUUUUGAAUUGGAGUUAGGGCAUACUGGUGCGUAAAAUAAUGAACAUAAAAUUUCUAAAAAACAAGAGUGUUGAACAAAUACAUUGUUCAUUGGUGAAAUUGAAAGAAAGAGAAAAUGAAGAGAAAUGAGAGCUAAUAGGCUAAAGAUAGAACCUCACUUUUCUUCAUCUUUUUCCAUUCUUCAUGUCAGAAUUUUGAGUACAUUGCCAUGUGAAGCACCUGAAAUUGAGACAUGUAACUUGUUAAGUUCUUUUAUGCUAAAGAGAAAUCAAACACCGGAUUUUAUUUCAACUUCUUUGCAUCUCUUAAACACGCUUUCCUCCAUUUUCUACCUAGUUGUAUUCUCCGACCUUGCUCUCUAAUUACAAGACCAUGAGUUUCUUGUGUUUCUGUUUGUCACAGAUACAAAAUAGUCUUUUGCGGUUGAACAAAUUGUCAGUCACACUCCCAAUAUUUUCCAGCAUAUGUCAUACUGUCCAAUAUUUGUGCUUUAAUCUCUCAUAAUUUAUUCAUCUCAUGAGUUGAUAUUCUCUUCUCUGUCACAUCAAUUUAAUUGUGUCACAUAGAGAAGAGUCUGACAAUUAUAAUCUUACUUUGCUUAAUUUUUCAAAUGACAUGAGACAAUUUGGUUGAUAUUGGAACAUGGGAGAAUAUGGAACACGGACAAAAGAUCUUCAUCAUCCAAUUUAUGUAUCCUCACAGCCCCCACGAUCAGCGCACUAAGCGUAAAUCAAAAAGAGGAAAAUGCAAAAGGAUCGCAACCCUCAUCAUCAAAAGGCAAGGAUGGAAAGCGAAGGAGAAUCUUCCUCGGCUAAAGAGAUGAGCCUUGAUGAAAUGAAAGAAAGUGGGGUGGAGGUUCUUCUUCAAGUGGAGGAGAAAGUGAAGAACCGGGAAACACAGAAGGGGUAUGGAACUGGCAACUGGGUAUCCGUUGGGGAAGAAGAAGCUAAAGAAGUCAAGGAAACUAGGUGUAUGAGGCUGCCCUAAUGACUAAUGAUAACAUUUGCAUCAAUGAAGGAUGUGAUGAUACUUAAGAUUUUAGACAUGUAUUUUUUUUCCAUCUUCCAAAAACAUUUUUUUAGACAUGCAUGUCUUUUUUUUUUUGACAGUUAGACAUGCAUGUCUUGGUGGAUCAUAUAUAUAUAUAUAUAUAGGGGGAGUAUCAUAUGAGAAAACAUUUCUUAUGUGAGAAAGAUAAGAAUGAUUUCUAGCCAUUAGAUUAAAAUAUGUGGCUAGAAUUAAAACACUGAAUUAAACAGUCACGUGCCAGAUUUCCAUCUUCUUCCCCCAAGUAUUCUCUCUGCGGCCAUCUAGUGCCUGUGACCCAUUCCUCAAUCCUCCAAUCAUUGUCCCAGUUGCAACCCGAUGCAAUAUGU